GCAAAUUUUAAUGACGAAAUGAAAAUCCUCUUUCCAGAAUCCGUAUAUGAAAAAAAAAAACACUCGAAAACAAGAAUAGAACAAAACAAAAGAGGAAUCUUCGCCAAAGCAGCGAAGAUUAAGAAUAUUUGUUUUUGAUAUAUAAAAUCUAUGACCUAACCUAUAAGGUUUAAAUUUCAAAUAUCUCACGUUGUAAAGAAAUUUUUUAUUUUGUUUAGCUUGAUUUUAUUAAAAUAAAAAAACGAAAUGCGUAUAAUAAAAACAAUUGACGACAAUGAGGAAGUGGAAGAUUUUUCAGAGGAUUCCGAGGCUGAAGUAGAUUAUCAACCUAAGUUGGGAAGAAAUAAAAAUGCUGGCGAUUUUGAUACCAAUUUUUCAUUCGUCGCAUCUAUAGAAGAAUACAAUAAGGAUCCAUGGAAUGACCUGAGCAAGUAUAUCAAAAGAAAAGCUAAAACGAAAACAGAUGAUAAAAUAAAAAAGGCACGUCUUGACAAUAUUAUUGAAGAAAACAGUGAUGUAGAAGAAAAUGACAGUGGAUCUGAACUCUCAGAAGAUGAAUUGCAGCAUGAUAGAAUUAAGGUGGUGGAGAAAAAAAGAAAGAAGAAAAAGGUUGAUGACAAUUUCUUUGAAACUGUGGAAAAAAAUAUUGAUGAGUAUACAAGUUUUCAACAAAUGAAUCUAUCAAGGCCGUUACUGAAAGCAAUUACAGACAUGAGGUUUAUCCAUCCAACACCUAUCCAAGUCAGCGCUAUUCCUGUUGCUCUAUUAGGUAGAGAUAUUUGUGGUUGUGCAGCUACAGGAACAGGAAAAACAGCUGCAUAUAUGUUGCCUACUCUUGAGAGGCUUCUCUAUCGACCAUCAGGUUCGGCUGUAGUAAUAAGAGUUCUAGUUUUGGUACCAACAAGAGAAUUGGGUGUGCAGGUUUAUCAAGUCUCUAAGCAGUUAUGUCAAUAUACAGACAUACAAAUUGGUCUUGCAGUUGGUGGGUUAGAUUUGAAGGUUCAAGAAAACAUUCUGAGGAAAAACCCGGACGUUGUAAUUGCAACACCUGGACGUCUUAUAGAUCAUUUGAAAAGUACCCCAACUUUCAGUCUUGAUUCUAUUGAAGUUCUCAUCCUUGAUGAAGCAGACAGAAUUUUAGAUGAGUACUUCUCAGAGCAAAUGAAUGAGAUUAUAAAGCAGUGCUCAAGAACCCGACAGACAAUGUUAUUUUCAGCCACUAUGACCGAGGAAGUGGAAAAAUUGGCUGCCGUUUCCUUGAACAAGCCUGUAAGACUUUUCGUUGAUAGUAAUACGCAGGUCGCCUUUAAUCUUAGGCAAGAAUUUGUUAAGAUUCGUUCUGACAAAGAAGGAGAUCGGGAACCGAUUUUAGCUGCGUUAGUCUGUAGGAUAUUCAGAGAACACACUAUGAUAUUUGUACAAACAAAAAAACAGGCUCACAGACUUCACCUUUUACUUGGGUUAUUGGGUGUUAAAGUAGCAGAACUUCAUGGUAAUUUAACCCAGCCACAAAGAUUGGACGCUUUAGAUCGUUUCAAAAAUAAGGAAGUCGAUAUACUAGUGGCCACAGACGUAGCUGCUAGAGGUUUGGAUAUAAAAGGUGUAAAAACUGUUAUCAACUUUGUUAUGCCAGCUACAUUAGAACAUUAUAUUCAUCGUGUGGGUAGAACAGCCAGAGCAGGGCGUGCAGGUAUAUCUGUAAGCUUAGCUGGUGAACAAGAGAGAAAAAUGGUUAAGGAAAUUGUUAAAAGAGCUAAUAAUACCCUUAAAAGCAGAGUUAUUCCUCCAGAUAUUCUAGAGAAAUAUAGAGAGAAAUUGGAAAAAAUAGAACCUCAAAUAAAUAAAAUAUUGAAGGAAGAAUAUGAGGAACGUAUGUUGAGUAAAGUAGAAAAUCGUGCUAACCGAGCUGAGAAAAUUCUGAAAGGGGAGGUUGAUCCCAAUAGGCCAUGGUUCCAGACAAAAAAGGAGAGACAGAAAGAAAAGGAACGAUUGAGUUUGAAACCUACUGAUGGAGCAAAACCGAAACCUGAAAAUAAGGGUAAAAAUACAGAGAAUAAGAAAAAUAACAAGAAGAAAGGUAAAGAUACUGCAGAAGAUAGGGCGAAUAAUGAAAUGAAAAAAGUAGCUCUUCUCCAAGCAAAAUUGGCUAAAAGGAAAUCUAAGCCAGGAAAAAUAAUAGCUGUUAAAGACGCAGAACUAAAUGGAAAAACUUCAGGAAAAAAGAAGCAGUCAUCGUUCUUCAAAGACUUAACUGAUACAUCAAAUAAAAAUGCAAAGAAAUUGAGAUAUGAUGCCAACUUCAAGAAGAAAAUGGAUGGAAAAAUGAAGAAGAAAGGUGGUGGUGGUGGUGAUAAAAAGAGGAACAGUAAUUUUAAAAAGAAGAGUAAAUUCUAAAUGUUAUUAAUUGUAAUAAAAAGUUCUAAGAAUGAAAAA